AUGUGCUUUAAGUCCCACUUUCCUUCAUCUAAAUUCUUCAAUUCUAGGUCUAAGGAUAACUGCUUUACUGAAAAGACUCCUUUGCUGAAGACUUUCUCAGAAGAAAAUGGGUUACAAUGCAGGACUAUUCCCCAUUCAGAUUUCAUCAUGGAAGAUGAAUCUUGGGAUAGUACCUCUUCAGAGUGGGAGCAAAGAUGUCUGUUAGGAAAUGAAAUUGUUAGCUUCUCCACAUCUGCUUCCUCAGAGAAGAGUGAAUUUCUGGACAGUUUUCAUGUCAAAUUCAAUCUAUCAAAACUGAGAAGCUGCUUAAGAUGUCUAAAAGUCACUGGCCUUUUUAUCUUUGGAGUUGUGUGUUCUAUUUUAUUUAGCACAUAUCCAGAUCAUGGAAAAUCUUGGCAGAUGUUGGCUGUAUCACCUCUGGAAAGCUACUCUGUGAAUCUUACAGAUGUCGGUGACUCUGCUCUGCUUAAGCUAGAACUGGCGGGGUCCUUGAUUGCUGGUGUGGUCAAUCGGCCUCAAUCAGAAGAAUACAUUGUGGUUGAAGUUAUUCUGCGAGAAGAGCUGGGCUUCCGAAGGAGGCGCCCACAACAGCAGGUCAUCUAUAACUGGACCAUCUUUUUAAAUUCUAGAAGAAAUGAACGAGCUGUUACUUCCCGAACUUUUGAGAUAAUUACCAGAGAGACCAUUUCGAUAAAUAUUCAGGCCUUCCUCCAGGAAAACAAAGUGAUUCCCCUUUCAAUGACUCAUCAAUAUCUCCAUGCAGAUAUAGAGACCCAAGUAACCAUUGCAUCAGUCAUUUUGGCGGGAGUCUAUAUGCUGAUCAUAUUUGAGAUUGUUCACAGAACUCUGGCGGCAAUGUUGGGCUCCCUUGCUGCAUUAGCAGCAUUAGCUGUUAUUGGUGAUAGACCGAGCUUGGUUAGAGUGGUGGAGUGGAUUGAUUAUGAGACUCUGGCAUUAUUAUUUGGAAUGAUGAUCUUAGUGGCCAUAUUUUCAGAAACUGGAUUUUUUGACUACUGUGCAGUAAAGGCAUACCGGCUGUCUCGAGGCAGAGUGUGGGCCAUGAUCAUUAUUCUGUGUCUCUUUGCUGCAUUCCUUUCAGCAUUUUUAGAUAAUGUUACCACGAUGUUGCUCUUUACCCCUGUUACUAUAAGGUUAUGUGAGGUGCUCAAUCUUGAUCCCAGGCAUGUCCUGAUAGCAGAAGUGAUUUUUACAAAUAUUGGAGGAGCUGCCACUGCUGUUGGGGAUCCACCAAACGUGAUUAUUGUUUCCAAUCAAGAGCUGAGAAAGACAGGAAUGGAUUUUGCUGGGUUCACAGCACACAUGUUCAUUGGAAUUUGUCUUAUUCUCUUGGUUUCAUUUCCUUUCCUGAGACUUCUUUACUGCAACAAAAAGCUUUACAAUAAAGAACCAAGUGAGAUUGUUGAACUGAAACAUGAAAUCCACGUUUGGAAGUUGACAGCACAACGUAUUAAUCCUGCUAGUCGGGAGGAGACAGCAGUGAAAUGUCUACUCAUGCAGAAGGUUUUAACUCUGGAGUUUUUGCUCAAGAAGAAGCUCAAAACAUUCCAAAGACAAAUUUCCCAAGAGGAUAAAAACUGGGAGACAAAUAUCCAGGAGCUACAAAAAAAGCAUAGAAUAGCAGACAAAAUUCUCCUUAUCAAAUGCCUGACUGUUCUCGGAUUUGUUAUCUUCAUGUUCUUUCUCAAUUCAUUUGUACCAGGCAUUCACCUAGAUCUUGGAUGGAUUGCAAUUCUUGGGGCUAUCUGGUUACUAGUAUUAGCUGACAUCCAUGACUUUGAGAUAAUACUACAUAGAGUGGAAUGGGCCACACUUCUGUUCUUUGCAGCACUUUUUGUCCUAAUGGAGGCCUUGGCACAUCUCCACCUGAUUGAAUAUAUUGGAGAACAGACGGCUUUGCUAAUAAAGAUGGUUCCAGAGGAUCAACGCCUCACUGCUGCCAUCAUCUUAGUUGUCUGGAUCUCAGCACUAGCUUCCUCCUUGAUUGACAAUAUUCCAUUUACAGCUACCAUGAUUCCUGUUCUUCUCAACUUGAGCCAAGAUCCUGAAGUCAGUCUUCCUGUGAAGCCCCUCAUUUUUUCUUUGGCUAUAGGAGCCUGCUUGGGAGGUAAUGGGACAUUAAUUGGUGCCUCAGCCAAUGUUGUCUGUGCUGGAAUUGCAGAACAGCAUGGAUAUGGCUUCUCUUUCAUGGAAUUUUUCAGAUUGGGCUUCCCUAUGAUGCUUGUCUCCUGCACAAUUGGAAUGUGUUAUCUGCUUGUUGCGCAUGUUGUAGUUGGCUGGAAUUCCUAAGUCAUUUGUCUUUUGAAGACCACUGGGAAUCUGAUCAACCAACCAACAUCAAUUAUAUGACCAUGCUGAGAAAGCCUUUUGGAUCAAAAAAAGGGACUUAACAGAGAAACAUCAUAAGAACCCAUUCAAUGACUAGCAUGCUCACUGUUGCUUUUCAUACCUUUAUACUCUGUAACCCUUUAGGCAAAUAUUGAGUGUAAAAUACUUGAUGACUAAAUAGAAACUGGUUUUGUUUUUGUGCCCAUCCCUCCAGAAGAAAAUAUUUGAAGUGAAUUCAUUGGUAUUUUUUCAGAGCCAAUAAUACAAGGCAACAUAUAUGUCUUAAAUCAGCAUUGGUGAAAGUUUUGAAGUUCACAUGCCCAAACUGAAACUUCAACCUGCCUGUGAGCCCUCCCUCACCUCCCUGCAUUACUCCAGAGAGAAGAGGGAGGAAUUGAUCAUUUUGAGAGGUUAGACAGAGGGGUGGGGCAUGGAAAAAUGUCCUCAGGCACUGGAAAGAGGGGAAAUGGAGCAGCUCCCCCAGUGCUGGCUCAGCACGUGUGCCAGUGCUAUCUUAAAUUAUGUUACAGAGCUCUGUGCUUAAAGCCACAAGCAGAAAAAAAAAAUAGAUCAAAUGACUUUACUUUGUUAAGUAUUUUCUCUUGGAGCCUUGUUUGUCUUUAUAUAUUCACUUUUUUCAUAAAGUAUCCAAUAGCAAAGUAUAUAUGUUAUAGUGCUAGGUUUUCUUUUCUAGGAAGAAACAUAAAAAUUAGAGGGUAUGUUAUAUAUGUUGCUUAAACAAGUUAUUCCCUCCCCUGACCCCAACAAAAAGAAAAAAAAAACCCAUACACACUGAGGUCGAUUUCUUAGUUCCUUGACUAGUUGAUGCAUCAGAUAAGGAUGAUUUAUUCUUUACUUGUCCCAGUUUUUCUUUACAGAAUACAUUUUAAGUCACUGAUCGUUUUCUUGAAAGUUGGACGAGAGAAGACCAUAUCUUGCAGGUCAUAAUCAUGUUUAUUUUUUUCAGAAUAAAUUACACGUUUUAAUAAACGAAAGUAAUGAUUUUCAAGAGAAUUUGGGAUGCUGUUGUUUUGCUUUGAUAAAAUAAAUGAUGA